CGCCUCUCGAUAGCCUAUAGAUAGUCGAUGUGACGCACCAAUCGUUUACCAAUAGUUUGACCUUCAAGUGCUGAGCGACCUCGGACAAUAGAUAAUACCACUACAUCUUUACUCCGCAUAAAUUAGAUACGCUAAUCAAAUUUACCUGUGACGCAGUCCUUUUCAAACUUCCUACUAGUUCAUUUUUCCCGAAAUUAUUGAUGGUGCUACUUGGUGUUCAAAUUAGUUGUGAACUUACUAAUGUUACUAAUCUAAGUCCUUCAUGUGACGAUUUUCGUUGGUAUUUGAAAGUUAAGUGUGGAAACUGUGGCGAAGAUACUCAUGAUUAUGUAUACAUUAACGCUUUAGAUAAAACACCAAUACAAGAUAGUCGCGGAGAUGCGAAUUUGGUCAUCCGGUGUAAGCUUUGCAAACGGGUUUCAAAUGCAGAUAUCAUCCCUGGUAGUAUAGUUCCAUACUCAAUUGACGAUUCGGGUCAAUUUAAAACUAUUGUGAAAUUCGAUUGUCGUGGUCUAGAAUUCACUGAAUUUUCUCCUCGUUCCGGUUGGUCUGCAUCAAGUAUCAAUUCUGAUAUGGUUUUUGAUGAUAUUUCGUUGACAGAUGAGAUUUGGUGUGAUUACGAUGAAAAAGGUAAAUGUGAAGUUAGCAUACAAAAUAUUCAAAGUCAAAUAGUUAAAUUAAAACAUUAAUAAAUAAAUAAAUAUUUGCAACUUGUUGUUUAACAACUGUCUAUGUUUGUAUUUUGUGUAUUAUAUUUUUAAAAAUAAAUUUUUUAUAUUUUUC